AUGAAUGCCAUUAAUGCCAUGAACUGGAAUGUGAAACAACAGUGUUUAGACAGUACAUUAUCAUUAACAGAUGUACGAAAGAAAUUAUUUCCUGCAAAGAGUAAACUAGAUCGUGCACCAGUAUUAAGUGAAAACAAAUAUACAUCAAAAACCUUAGUAGGUAAUUGGUUUGAGCAUAGAGCAAGUUAUACAUCCCAAUCUGAUGAUUGGCGAACUUUAUAUGAAAUAGAUUUUAAACUUCAUAUUAAUAAAACUUGGAAAAUAAAUAAAAUUGCAAAAUGGGAAAAUAAACUUAUUCAAGAGGGUUUACCUCAAGAAAAAAUUUUUGAUCAUAGAAAGGAAUAUUAUAAUAACAUGACAACAACUUAUGAUUUAUGUUAUAAUGUUUUACCAAAAAGUCUCAAAGUACCUAAAAUUAGGUCAUAUAAUGCAAGACAGAGGAAAUGGAUCCCUGAACAGGAUUUAACAAAAAGUUUUGGUACAUUGACACAAUUUGGAUUACAAGAUGCAUUAAAAGAAGAAAUAUACAAAGAUUCAAAGGAAGGAAUAGCUAAAUGUCGUUGGUGGUCUACUUAUAGGGAAGAAAUUGGACAAUUGAAACCAUUAAAUAUGAAACCAAGUGCUCAAUUUCACAGACGAAAAGUGAAUUUUAAUGUACCAGAUCUUAGUCAUUUUGAACAUAAAUUAUCAAAUAUUGAACACUGUUUAUUUCCACUAAAAGUUAAAAAUUCAUUAUUAACUAUGCAAAAUGAA